UAAGCCCCGCCCCCUCCCCCUCGGGCGCCGCAGUGCGCCGGGAACGAGCGGAGCCGAAAAGAGCCGGAAAGAGCCGAAGCGGAGCCGAAAACACCCGAAUAGCGGAGACGGCGCGGCACCGAAAAAAGCCGAACCGGAGCCGAACCGGACCCUCCUGAGGGUCCGGCCAUGCCUUGAAGCGGCUCCUCAGACCCGUCCCGGGCUCUUCCUCCUCGUCCUCAUCGUCCUCGUCCUCCUCCUGCAGCGGGGGAGGCGCCCAUGGGCCGGGCAGGGGGCUGAGGGGGGACCGGAGAGGCUGAACUGGGCCGAACUGGGCUGAACUGGGCCGAACUGGGCCGGAGAAAUCAGAACCGGGCCGAAAAGAGACGAACUUAUCCGGAAAGAGCCGAGGAAAAAGCGGAAUAAAGGAAGCAAGGACGGAGCUGUACGGAAAGAACCGAACCGGGCCGGAAAGAAGCGAAGCGGACCGGAAAUAGCUGAACUGGGCCGGAAGUAAGCGAAGCGGGCCGGAAGUAGGCGAAAGGAGUCCGGGGAUGGUCGGAAAGAGCCGAAGAGGGUCGGAAAGUGCCGAAGGUGUGCGGGAGUUGCCGAAGGGGUACGGAAAUUGCCGAAGUGCCGCCAUGUUGCUGUCGCUGCUCCUCGGGCUCCUCGAGGUUUCAGGGGCCCUGGGCGGGUGCGUGGAGGUGGCCUCGGGCACCGAGGCCGUGCUGGGGGCGCCGUUCCGGCUGCUCUGCAUCGCCUGCAAGCGGCGCAGCGAGACCCCGGCCGAGGCCGAGAGCGAGUGGUUCUUCCGGCCUGAGGGGAACCCCCAGUUCCAGAAGAUCCUCCACUACAGCCCCGAGGAAGGCCAGUGGGUGGCCCCUGGCCCUUUUGAGCACGUCCUGUCCUGGAAUGGCUCGCGGGGCACGCGGGACCUGCAGGACCUGUCGGUGUUUUUGGCGGCCGUGGGCCGGGACCACGCCGGGCACUACGUGUGCGGCCUGCGCCGCAACCUGACCUUCGAGGGUUACACCUACAGCCUGGCCAGGAACCAGAGCCUCAGGCUGGCCGUGGUGGAGAAAGCCCGCCGGGACCUGGCCUCCAUCGUCUCCGAGAUCCUCAUGUACGUUCUCAUCGUGGUGCUCACGCUCUGGCUGGCGGCCGAGAUGCUUUACUGCUACCGCAAGGUGGCGGCCGCGGCCCCGCCCCCCGACAGCGCCUCGGAGUACCUGGCCAUCACCUCGGAGAGCAAAGAGAACUGCGGGGGAGUGCAGGCGGCAGAGUGACC